GCGGGCGCACCCGGAAGGAAGUCCGGCCUGGACGAUGGCGGUGUUGUUGCUGAAGGCCCUGUAGUGGCAGUGUAGGUAGUCGGAUGCCCGUGUAUCCCUAAGUCAGCCUCAUUCCGGCCACAAGCCUACGGGACACAACUCCGGGCGGGGCGGCAACGGCGCCUCUCUCCUCGCCACCAUGCACGACGCUUUCGAGCCCGUGCCGAUUCUCGAAAAGCUGCCGCUGCAGAUCGACUGUCUGGCUGCCUGGGAGGAAUGGCUUCUUGUUGGAACUAAACAAGGACAUCUUCUUCUCUAUAGGAUCCGGAAGGAUGUUGUGCCGGCAAAUUUGGCAGCACCUGAAAGUGGCAGUUGCAACAGGUUUGAAGUGACACUUGAGAAAUCCAAUAAGAACUUCUCCAAAAAGAUUCAGCAGAUCCAUGUGGUUUCCCAGUUUAAGAUUCUGGUCAGCUUGUUAGAAAACAACAUCUAUGUCCAUGACCUGUUGACAUUUCAGCAAAUCACUACGGUUUCCAAGGCCAAGGGAGCAUCACUGUUCACCUGUGACCUCCAGCACACAGACACCGGUGAGGAGGUGCUACGGAUGUGUGUGGCCGUGAAAAAGAAGCUGCAGCUCUACUUCUGGAAGGACAGGGAGUUUCAUGAGUUGCAGGGGGACUUCAGUGUACCAGAUGUGCCCAAGUCCAUGGCAUGGUGUGAAAAUUCCAUCUGUGUGGGCUUCAAGAGAGACUACUACCUGAUACGGGUGGACGGAAAGGGGUCCAUCAAAGAGCUCUUUCCAACAGGAAAACAGCUGGAGCCUUUAGUUGCACCUCUGGCGGACAAAAAAGUGGCCGUGGGUCAGGAUGACCUCACCGUGGUACUCAACGAGGAGGGGACCUGCACACAGAAGUGUGCCCUGAACUGGACAGACAUCCCCGUCGCCAUGGAGCACCAGCCUCCCUACAUCAUUGCGGUAUUACCUCGCUAUGUGGAGAUCCGAACAUUCGAGCCAAGGCUUCUGGUACAGAGCAUUGAGUUGCAAAGGCCCCGUUUCAUCACCUCGGGAGGAUCAAACAUUAUCUACGUGGCCAGCAAUCAUUUUGUUUGGAGACUCAUUCCUGUUCCCAUGGCCACUCAAAUCCAGCAGCUUCUCCAGGACAAGCAGUUUGAAUUGGCCCUGCAGCUUGCUGAAAUGAAAGAUGAUUCUGACAGUGAAAAGCAGCAGCAAAUUCAUCAUAUCAAGAACCUGUAUGCCUUCAACCUCUUCUGCCAGAAGCGCUUUGAUGAGUCUAUGCAGGUGUUUGCUAAGCUUGGCACAGAUCCCACCCACGUGAUGGGUCUGUACCCUGACCUGCUGCCCACAGACUACCGGAAGCAACUGCAGUAUCCUAACCCGUUGCCUUCCCUCUCUGGGGCUGAACUGGAAAAAGCUCACCUCGCUCUGAUCGACUACCUGACCCAGAAACGAAGUCAGUUGGUUAAGAAGCUGAAUGAUUCUGACCACCAAUCCAGCACCUCCCCGCUCAUGGAAGGCACACCCACCAUCAAGUCCAAGAAGAAGCUGCUGCAAAUCAUUGACACCACCCUGCUCAAAUGCUACCUGCAUACCAACGUAGCCCUGGUGGCGCCCUUGCUGCGCCUGGAGAACAACCACUGCCACAUCGAGGAGAGCGAGCACGUGCUGAAGAAAGCCCACAAAUACAGCGAGCUGAUCAUCCUGUACGAGAAGAAGGGGCUGCACGAGAAAGCUCUGCAGGUGCUGGUGGACCAGUCUAAGAAAGCCAACUCUCCUCUGAAAGGCCAUGAGAGGACAGUGCAAUACCUGCAGCAUCUGGGCACAGAAAACCUACAUCUGAUUUUUUCCUACUCAAUGUGGGUGCUGAGAGAUUUUCCUGAAGAUGGGCUGAAGAUAUUUACUGAAGAUCUCCCAGAGGUGGAAUCCCUGCCCCGUGAUCGAGUGCUGAGCUUCCUGAUAGAGAAUUUUAAGGGUCUGGCCAUUCCGUAUCUGGAGCACAUCGUCCACGUUUGGGAGGAGACCGGCUCGCGGUUCCACAACUGUCUGAUCCAGCUCUACUGUGAGAAGGUGCAAGGUCUGAUGAAGGAGUAUCUCCUGGCCUUCCCCGCAGGCAAAACUCCGGUCCCUGCUGGAGAGGAAGAGGGGGAGCUUGGGGAAUACCGGCAGAAGCUCCUGAUGUUCCUAGAAAUUUCCAGGUUCUACGACCCGGGCCGGCUCAUCUGUGAUUUCCCUUUUGAUGGCCUCCUGGAAGAACGCGCUCUCCUGCUGGGACGCAUGGGGAAGCACGAGCAAGCUCUCUUCAUCUACGUGCACGUCCUGAAAGACACAAGGAUGGCUGAGGAGUACUGCCACAAGCACUAUGACCAAAACAAAGAUGGCAAUAAAGACGUGUACCUUUCCCUGCUUCGGAUGUACCUGUCGCCCCCCAGCAUUCAUUGCCUAGGGCCCAUUAAGCUGGAGCUGCUGGAGCCACAGGCCAAUCUCCAGGCUGCCCUGCAGGUCCUCGAGCUGCACCACAGCAAACUGGACACCACCAAGGCUCUCAACCUUCUGCCAGCAAACACUCAGAUCAAUGACAUCCGUAUCUUUCUGGAAAAGGUCUUAGAAGAAAAUGCACAAAAGAAACGAUUCAAUCAAGUGCUCAAGAACCUUCUCCAUGCAGAGUUCUUGAGGGUGCAGGAGGAACGGAUCUUACACCAGCAGGUAAAGUGCAUCAUCACAGAGGAGAAGGUGUGCAUGGUGUGUAAGAAAAAGAUUGGGAACAGUGCUUUUGCCAGAUACCCCAAUGGAGUGGUUGUGCACUACUUCUGUUCCAAAGAGGUGAACUCGGCUGACACCUGAGCCCUGCAUCCCAGGACUUGCACAGACGGACAGCUCAGCCAUCCCAGAGAGGCCAAUGAGCAGUCAGCCUUCAGCAAGCAGGGGCUGCCACCAGCAGGACUCUCCCCAUUUGGACACAACUGGCUACCUUGUGCCCUGAAACCUCGCGGACUCAUGGGCUGGCGCUGCCAGCUUUUUGAUAGAAAGAGAUUAGUUUCACCUUGCACCGUGACGUUGCGGGCAGUUCCAGUGUUCACUCUCUGCUGGACAGGAGGAGGUGCACCAUCUUGCCUUUGCAUCCCUUCACCUGCAUAAGGAAACUUCUCACAAGUGUUCAUAGCCACAGGGUUGUUUGCCCAGCUCUCUGUGGAGAAGCGCACGGCCACACAA